ACGGCUUGACAACGAGAUCGACUGAAUCUAGUUCUGUGUUCAGUGUAUAGUAAAGAUGUGCCACGCAGCGCCUAGAUUUGAUAAGAAUUGCCUCCAUUAUGUGACUUGUUCGUUCUAGAAACAACUCAUCCAAAGGAAUGGGGUUGGAGGAUGCAAUCCACGCACCUGCCCACCCGGUUGACCAGGGCUGGGCAUGGGUCAUUCUGUCAGCAUCCCUCGGCGCCAUGCUGAUCUAUGGAGGAAUACAUCGCGGGUUCGGGAUUUUGUUUGUAGAAUUCCGAAAGUCCUUUAAUUCCUCCUCCGCCAGUAUGUCUUUGGUGGUCAGUAUCCAGAUAGCGGUGAUGAGUCUCGCUAGCUUGUUGUUUUUGACUGCUGGGAUGAAGUACUUCAGCAGCCGACAAUGUGUCAUCUUUGGCGGGUUCUUUGUUACUAUAUCCCUCAUCCUCAGUAGUUUUGCCCAGAGCGUUCUUCAUUUGAUUUUCACUCACAGUGUUCUUAUGGGAAUUGGUCUUGCCGCCGUGCUUGGUCCGUCUUUGAUAAUCACGGGUCAGUACUUUGACGUACGUAGAGGGAUCGCCAAUGGCAUACACACGGGUUCCGCUAGUUUUGGGGCUCUCGUGUUGGCGCCGGCUAUUACUUACUGUAUAGACAACUUUCUUUUAAAAGGAGCAUUGCUGAUUUUAGCCGGCUUAGCUUUUCACAUUGUUCCAGCAGGAAUGUUACUCCGUCCCCCGCAACUGUACGAAAAAUGGGCUGGACGGAGAAGGCAAGACGAGAUACCCAAUAUCGAUUCAGCACAGACUGUACUUAUAAUUGAGAAGCCCGAAAAUGAGCUCCUGAAUGGCGCAUCAGUCGCCAUCGUUCCGAAGGAAGCCCAUGAUAUGGAUGACGUUUGUCUAUCUUCGGACCGCGCUUUGUUAUUUGCAUCCGCGAAACCAAAAGACGCACUAAGUGUGCAUAGCUACGACAUGCCAAGAAUCUCAAACGGGACACACUUUUAUUCUAAUAGCAAUAUUUUUGAUCAUAGGUUGGGUUUGAAGGAAAAGAUCUAUGGUAGUGCGGAUAUGAUAAUGGUUGUACAGUAUGGUAGAGGAUCGACACAUAGUUUGGUCAACGGCAGAAAAUCUAAUAGUCUGUUUCUAAAUGGAACACAUCCGAGUAACUCGUUGUCGAACGGAUUUGCAGACCACGAGAUUCAAAACCCCACAGCAGAGAUUCGUGAAAAGACCGCUAAUAUGCGCAAUUUCUUCAAUAUUUCUAUCUUUAAAAAUACUUCGUACUUGUUUUUCGCAAUAGGAUUUACAAUGGGAGUUCCGGUGGUUAUCACCGUAGUGUACCUCCCGGAUGUUGCAAAGGAUUGUGGGAUACCCAGUGACGACGCCGCUCUCUUAGUGUCCAUCUAUAUGGUAGGGGAGAUAAUCGGGCGCUGUGGGAGCGGAUUUUUCUCAGGGAAAUGGAUUCACCGCCAGGUUGUAAUUGCCUGGGGCUUGUUGCUUGCGGGUUUAGCUCAAAAUCUCGUCCGAUUUUUCCAGUCCUUUUGGUACCUUGCUAUAUUUGCCGUCGCGAAUGGAGUGUUUGGUGGACCUAUACACGGGCUGUAUGCUUCCGUGGUGGCUGACGUUCUGGGCAUUGAGAACCUACGUAGUGGAUUAUGCGUGUUACAGUUGUCUCAGGGAAUCAUAUGGAGUGCCAUCUUACCUUUAACAGGUUAUCUUCGGGACGUUUCUGGAGACUACUUUCUGACUUACCACUUCGUUGGGACUUUGACGAUGUGUGCCUCUCUCGUUUUAUUUGUCAGUCAUUAUAAGGUCAAAGAUGUGUCCGAGGCCGUAAUAGAAAUAGAUGUAGAGGAAGAAAAAGAAAAGUCUUAAAUUGUUUUAAAAUGUUGGAUUAAAAGGAAGUAGCUUUCGGGGUUUACAACAAGGAAACUUUUUUGUUCAAAUAAUUCAUAGUAAUGCUGUCUAGAAAUAUUUUUUUUUUAGAAAAAUGUUUGUAUAGAGUUUUGUUUUACAACUUAAUUAUUAUACAUGUUUCCUUUCCUAGUAAAUAGUCACGAUUUUAUUUCGUAUUUUAUUUUUUUCCCCAUUUUUUUCAUUAGUAGUCAUGAUUUGAUUUCAUGAUUUUGUUUCAUUUAUUCAUUUUUACAAUGCCUAAUUUAAACAUUUUUUAUCAUUAACCAAAUCCUUAUGUUCCAAGCGUGAUAGAAGCAUUGUAAAUAUAUACCGGUAUUAAAGAUGGAAAAAUACAACUUAAAACAUUUCAGCUCGAAGGACAACCAUGCCCCUCCAAUGUUUCUAUGCAUCAUAGUUACGUUUUGUAAAAAAACAACGUGUUCAAUUUUAAAUUAUGCAACGUACAUCAACAUUUGUGUU